UUGUUCAUAUUUAUCGUCAGAGUGGUUGAAAACUUUCAGCAUUCAUUCACUUCCUGUAUUUUUGGUGACGUAGCAUAGUUCCAAGAUGGCGGACCCUACUAAGCAAGAUAUUGCCGCAAUCUUCAAGAAACUUCGAUCUAUCCCGACAAAUAAGAUAUGUUUUGAUUGUCAAGCCAAUAAUCCAACAUGGAGUUCUGUGACCUAUGGGGUCUUCCUCUGCAUCGACUGUUCGGCAACUCACCGGUCGCUGGGUGUGCAUCUGUCUUUUGUCAGGUCCACCCAGCUGGACACUAACUGGACAUGGCACCAGCUGCGCUGUAUGCAGGCAGGUGGAAAUGCCCAUGCUGAGCAGUUUUUCCGCCAGCAUGGCUGCACGACGAACGACGCCAAGAUGAAGUACAACAGCCGAGCCGCGACCUUGUACAAGGACAAGUUACACGGCCUGGCUUCUGCCGCCAUGAGGAAAUAUGGAACACAGCUCCACAUUGACACCGGGCACAUCCAUGAGCCCACCUCACCAGAGCACAAGGAAGUGGACUUCUUUGACGAGCACGUGAACGGAACGAAAGCGGCGCCCGCCGCGCCCGCUGCCCCCAGCCUGGUUGGCUCGUCUCUCUCCCAGCCUAUCCAGAUGCCGUCCAAUGGCAAGAAGGCAGAAGAAACAGAAGAUGCGGAUGGUCGGGCACCAGAGGUCCAUGCAGCACUCAGCAUGUCCCCUACAUCAGCCAAGCUUACAGCAGCUCUGACACCAACUCCAGAGGCAGCCUUACUGUCUGGACACAGGCUAGACUCAGAAACCCACAAGCCGACUAUAGGCACCAGGAAGCCGGCCAGUGCCAAGAAAACAAAGUCUGGGUUGGGAGCAAAGAAGGGAGGACUGGGUGCACAGAAAGUCAAGAAAGACUUUAAGACCAUCGAGAAACAAGCCCUGGAACAGGACAAGCUGAAAGCUGAGAUGGACGCUCAGGUCAAGAAAGAGGAGAGCAAAGAGACCCCCAUGGUCCAGUCCAUGCGCCUGGCCUACCAGGACAUGAACCUGGGGAAGAACAUGAAGCAGCAGGAAGAGAAGCUGAAAGCAUCGGACCCUCGCAAGGCACAGCAGGCAGAGAGACUAGGCAUGGGCCUGGCUGGGACAAGGAGCGGAGUGUCCCACUCAGUGGUGCAGGAGAUGAAGGUGAUUGACCAGGUCACGCCCGUGUCGUCCUCACGAAAGGAUCGGGACGACUUCGACAGUUUUGACGACUUUGCAUCCAGCUACACUUCCGGACCCCCAAAAUAUAAUGACAACCCGUUCCGUGACCGUGGGCGGGACAGAGGUAACUAUGGCGAUGACGGACUGGGCGAUCUGAAGUGGGACAAAACUGACAGGAAGAGAGAAGACGACUUCAACCCUCCUAAAGAGAGAGAUGACAUGACACAGGAAGAGUGGCAAUCCGAACUGGAUGCAAGGACCAGUGGCCGUAGGAAGGAGCCAAUGGGAAUGGCGUACUCCGAGUCGGACGCAGCGCAGACCAAGUUUGCCAACGCCAAGAGCAUCUCUUCAGACCAGUUCUUCGGAAGGGAGAAACCAGAGUUUGAAGUGCAGCAGCGGUUGGACCGUUUUAGCGGGAACCAGUCCAUCUCCAGCGCGGACUUGUUCGGCGAGGACAGGCCGCGGCAGUCCUCCCGUAGCGCGGCCGACAUGGCCGGGCCCGACCUGACCCAACUCAAGGAGGGCGUCAAGUCCACUGCCGCUAGAAUGGCCACCCUAGUCAACGGUGUUGUUAAUACCAUACAGGACAAGUACGGGUCUUGAGACCAGCAUCAGCAAGACCUACCCAACACCAUGCAGCCUUCCUAGUAUUUAUCUGUUGUACACUCAUCACCCGUAGUCAACCAACCUGUACACUUCUUUUAUCAUACCGGUAUUAUUAUUAUGCUUUAAGUGGAAAACUUCCCAUUGCCAUGGAAAACACUGAUAGAAGAUAUAGACCCUGCUUGUAGACAGCAUAAUGUUGGGAUUUAGACUAUCAAAGCAAUAGAGCACCAAUAUUAUGCAAAAAAAUUACCUACUUACUGCAUGGUACAGUCCAUUUUGUAAUGUUCAACCUGUAUCAGCUUGGGAGAUGCCAUUUCAUCUGAGGUAGGAAUAUACCCACACCAAUCUAGUAACACACAAUUUGGACAAAAGUAAAUCCUUUGUGUUUGUCAUAUUGCUGAAAGGAAGGGGCCUUGGUGCACAGAUAUGCCAAAAUAUUUGGAGUAGUUUGCGAUUUAAUGAAUUUGUACAGGAAUACUUCAAGAAAAAGAACAGUUUGUACAGGUAAAGCAUAUUCUGCUAAUAUUUUGUUGGGGUUAAUUAAAAAUCACUGAUGGUAAGCUUGAAUAAAAGUAUCAUUUCUGCCAGAUAGAAGAUUACUGAGAAAAGAUGUAGUGAUACCUGCGCAUUAAGAUUUAUUUUGGUAACAUACAUGUUCAACAUAAUGUCAUGUCAACGUUAAGUUAAUGUAUGUCAAUGGAUGUCAGCCUUGUUUUAGCCAAUAUCUGUCCUGGGGUAGCCAAUAUCUGUAAUAGGUUACCCUUUAUCUUUCUUGGGUUAGUCAAUAUCUGUCCUGGGUUAGCUACUAUCUGACCUGGGUUAGCUACUAUCUGUCCUGGGUUAGCUACUAUCUAACCUGGGUUAGCUACUAUCUAACCUGGGUUAGCUACUAUCUAACCUGGGCUUAAGCUACCAUCGGACCUGGGUUACCCAGUAUCUGCAAUGGGUUUGCUACUAUUCCCUAGCCUCUACCAGGCCAUGGGAGGUGGCUGGAAAAAGUAAAAAUCGGCCAAAUAGAGAGAUAGGAUACCAGGGGAGUUGGUCUAUUGGAGAGAACAGUUUGCUGCACACUUGGCAUGCUAUCUCUACUUUUUCCAGCCUCCUCCCGAAGCCUGGAAGAGGCUAACUAUUCCCUGGAUAAGUUCAUGCCCCGGGUUUUGGGUUUGUUUGUAUUUGCCUCAGAUUCUAGCCAUUCUCUUCAAGGGUAAGGUUAUUACCUUAUUAAUCAUACCUUAUUUACAAGUCCUUAGAAUUUAUUUUAUUUUAUUCCACCAUUGUAAUAAAUAAUAUGGGGUGGUGCAAAAACAAUGCUUUCUUCUAUCAUAUGUAAUACUUAAUUAAGAUGUUUUAUUAAAAGUAAGACUUUAAAUGUUUCCCUUACCUUGUCAACCUUUACCAUAAACCUUUGGUUUGAGUAAAGCACUUUGUAUAUUUGCAGUAAUUGGAACUACAGUACUAAGUUUACAGCAUUGUUGGUCCCUCUGUAUCCACACAUUUGUUAACACAGUGCAAAGCACCGUAGAACUCUGUGGCCAGGUAUCCAACCGUUUAUUGAUUAAAUAAAGGCAAUUAGAAAAAGUA